ACACCACAGGAUGGGCUGGGCUGCUGAAAACUAAAGGAAACUGUAGCGCUCUGCUAUCAGGCUUAAUUAUUUACAGUCAGCUGGCUGCGCCUGUAGUGUAUGAAAAUGGAUGGAUUCAGGGAGGGAGCUGCCUCUGAAAAGGAAAGGGAGCCAGCAGGGGAGGAGAGUGAAGAGCCGUCCAGCGAACUCCCCAGCACCUCUUCUGGAAUGUUGACCCGGUCUGAGGAGGAGUGUUGUGAUCUGGAGACUGAGAUCUCUAGGCUGGAGGGGAACCUGGAGGUGCUGAAGGCAGAGGCCAACAGGGAUGAGCAGUCUGCCAGCACCUCUUCUGGAAGUUUGACCCUGUCUGAGGAGGAGUGUCGUGAUCUGGAGACUGAGAUCUCUAGGCUGAAGGAGAAGCUGAGGUUCAGAAAGAGAAUGUUGGAUGUUCCAGCUCUGCUACUGACCACUCUGGAGGAGAUGAACCCACACGAGCUGAAGACAUUUCAGUGGUACCUGUGUUGGGCCUGGCUGCCUGGCUGUCCUCCAAUCCCAGAGAGCCAGCUGGAGAACACUGACAGACAGGUCACAGUGGAUCAGAUGAUGAAGAGAUACGACCCUGAGAGAACUGUGAAGAUCACACUUAUGACCCUGAAGUGGAUGAAUCGAGUAGACCUAGCAGAGAAGUUAGAGAGAGAUUACACUGGAGGUACUGCCUCACCCUCUCACUUGUCCUUAUUCCAACUCAGGCCCAUAUCCUUCUGUUUCCCUUCAUGGCCUCCUUUCGCUCCAGCUCCAACUCCUUCCUUCCCUGGUUCGUCUAAGAAGUUGUUGUCGUUAGAUUCUGCUGGUAGUUCAGGACAGCUCAGCUCACAGAGACCCUUCAUGUUGGAUGUUCCAGCUCUGCUGCUGACCACUCUGGAGGAGCUCACUGAAGAACAGCUGAAGACAUUUCAGUCUAACCUGACUACGGUCCAGCUGCCUGACUGUCCUCCAAUCCCAGAGAGCCAGCUGGAGAACACUGACAGACAGGACACAGUUGAUCAGAUGGUGAAGAGAUACGGCCCUGAGAGAGCUGUGAGGAUCACACUGAGGAUCCUGAGGGAGAUGAAGCUGGAUGAUCUGGCAGAGAAGUUAGAGCGAGAUCACACUAGAGCAACAAAAUGGUGGCGCGACUCAUCAGACACUGGCAGUGACAAAGAGAGGGAGAAGAAACAUGUCCAUCUGCCUGGAAGUUCUAGAGCCUUGGACAGAGAGGCAGCAGGCAGCAAAGACACUAGAAUCACAAAGGACAAAUAUGAACUGGUCACGAAACCUACAGAGAAGAAAAGAGACGCUCUGCUGCUGGCCACUCUGGAGGAGCUGAGCACAGACGAGCUGAAAAUAUUUCAGAAGGAACUGACUCCAAGCAAACAGCUUCCACCUUACCUGACUGGCUUUCCUCCCAUCCCAGAAACUCAGCUGGAAAACGCUGACAGACAGGUCACAGCGGAUCAGAUGGUGAAGACAUACGGCCCUGAGGAAGCUGUGAAGAUCACACAGAGGAUCCUGAGGAGGAUGAACCAGGAAGAUCAUGCAGAGAAGUUCGAGAGAUAUCACAGUAGAGAAAAGAAAAUGAUAACAAUUAAUGAACCAUCCAGGCCUGGUCUAGUUUCUAGGGGUGAAAAGAUUGAGGAUUGUGUCCCACUGACUGGCAGAGCCCGGACCAUCAUCAAACAUAAGAAAAUCCCAAAGCUGGAGAUGGACUUUUCAACCAUCCUAGGAAGCCAACUGAAGAUGGCUAACAGUCUCAACACAGAGGUAUCUGUGAAAACCCAGGAGAACACCCAGGGGAACACCCAGAGAACACCCAGGGGAACACCCAGGGGAACACCCAGGGGAACACCCAGGGGAACACCCAGGGGAACACCCAGGAGAACACCCAGAGAACACCCAGGAGAACACCCAGGGGAACACCCAGGAGAACACCCAGGAGAACACCCAGGGGAACACCCAGGGGAACACCCAGGAGAACACCCAGAGAACACCCAGGAGAACACCCAGGAGAACACCCAGGAGAACACCCAGGAGAACACCCAGAGGAUGGAUGAGGAGUUGGGAAGAGAAAGGGAUUCUCCUCUCCUCUUGGAUCACCAUCACAUGAGUUCUCCAGAUGAAUUUACACCUGGAAUCCAUGGUCAGGAGAACAGGGGAGAGUACCGAUUCCAGUGCCCCCGUGCAGGUCUGUUCCAGUGCAGUAUAACAGGCCUGGUGUUUAGGAUGGAGGGAGAGGGAGAGGUGUUCUAUAAGACAGUCCACUGGGACAUGAGGUUUCUAUCCCAGAAUGGCAAGAGACCUGCAGGACCCCUGUUCAAGUUUAGAUGCCUUAAGGGGUCUGUCUGUCAACUACACCUCCCACACUGUGAGAUCUACAAUAGUGGUGGAUGUCACUUCCUGUCUGUAGCCCAUGUGACUGAUGACAACAUGGAGUUUCUCCCUCCUCUUGAGAUAACAGAAACACACAUCAUAAUAAACAUCAGUGGAUUCUCUGCUUAUGGUGAAGUCAAGGAUGAAGACUCUCCCACCAUUCCUAUACGAGCACUUGUCUUGUUGUUCUACAAACCCCCAGUUGUUCCUGAAAAGAGGUCCAUCCUGAAUGUGUUGUUGCUUCCCAGAAAUGUUGUGAUCAGGGAGGUGCAGGAGGAAUGGAAAAGAAGGAAUGGAGACAAAUACAUCUAUAUUGAAACAAAUCCUCGCUGCCAACUAACUCCAAAUAAAGAAUACGAGCUCUCCGCAGAUCUUACAGAUGAAUAUCUAAUUCAACCAAAGGAUGCAGAAUUUGUGGAUUUUGAAUCCUAUGAAAACUACUUCCCAACAUUUCAGUUGUUCAUACAAACCGUUGUUGAGCAAGUUAAUAUUCUUCUGAAAGACAAUGGUGGUGAAGAAUCUGUCUGGGAAAGACUUAUCUGGCUUCCAGCCUCACCAACAGAUGUCACCUCUACAGUUUCAGCUGUUUCCCCUGCAGCCCCUCCUGCCAACCCCUCUGCUCCCCCUGUUGGGGCCUUUAUCAGAAGACACAGGAUGGCUCUAGAGACUCGGAUGGGACUCUUACAGCCCUUAUUCCUGCGUCUCCAGGAUCGUGGGGUUCUGAUUGAUGAGGAGAGGGAGGAGGUGGUCAGUAAAUCCACCAAGACCCUACAGAACCAAGCCCUGCUGGACAUGGUGGUAAAGAAGGGGGCUCGUGCCCAGAAACACUUCUACCAGGUCCUGAAGGAAGUAGAUCCCUGCCUGGUCGAAGACCUGGAAGAGCAGACAGUCUGAGACAGGUAGCCAUGGAUACAACAGCAUCAGGAUAUAUUAUAUCACUAUACUAAUACAUGCUCUGAAAGAGACAGACAGUCUGAGACAGGUAGCCAUGGAUACCACUUCACAAACUCAGAAGAUAACGAAACAUUUAUCAGAGACAGAGAGCAGUACUUUGAGGAGGAGCCAUCCUGACCAGAGGUGGUUGGUGUGUAACGUGAUUGGACACCAUUCUCACCAGCACUCCCAUCAGUCUGUAGUUUACUAUACAAGCCCCAGGUCUCAGGCAAGGUGACAUCACUAAGGCUACUGUCUACCAGACAACCAACCUGUGUUACUCUGGUACACUGGCUGCAGACUACAAGAUGAAUGAAUUUCUAUCUGGAACAUGGUGAAUGUUGAAUCAUCUUGGGCAGGUCUCAGACAACAACAUGUGAGACAUAACAUCUACCAGACAACUGACUUGUACUGGACAGCUGUACUGUCUGAACACCAGAUAUAUCUCUGUAUAGAUAUAGUGUAUAUAGACAGCUGUACUCUCUGAACACCAGAUAAAUCUCUGUAUAGAUAUAGUGUAUAUAGACAGCUGUACUGUCUGAACACCAGAUAUAUAUCUGUAUAGAUAUAGUGUAUAUAGACAGCUGUACUGUCUGAACACCAGAUAUAUCUCUGUUUAGAUAUAGUGUAUAUAGACAGCUGUACUGUCUGAACACCAGAUAUAUGUCUGUAUAGAUAUAGUGUAUUUAGACAGCUGUACUGUCUGAACACCAGAUAAAUCUCUGUAUAGAUAUAGUGUAUAUAGACAGCUGUACUGUCUGAACACCAGAUAAAUCUCUGUAUAGAUAUAGUGUAUAUAGACAGCUGUACUGUCUGAACACCAGAUAAAUCUCUGUAUAGAUAUAGUGUAUAUAGACAGCUGUACUGUCUGAACACCAGAUAAAUCUCUGUUUAGAUAUAGUGUACAUAGACAGCUGUACUGUCUGAACACCAGAUAUAUCUCUGUUUAGAUAUAGUGUCUAUGUUUAUAUAAUGGUAUUUCUAAGAGCAUCCAACAUUUUAUAUUUUCAUGUCGUUAUUUUCCAACAAUAGGGACUAGUGGUCUCCUUUUGUGAUUGUUCCGGAAAUAUAGACGCAACUCUUGCUCUUGAGAUUACAAAUACUGUAUAUCCUUUAUCUAGAAAUCUGUACCCGAUUAGGGGCUGGCUGUUUGGCAACUGAGGAACGCUGGCAGUCAGGUCACAGUGGAUCAGAUGGUGGAGAGAUACAGUCCUGAGGGAGCUGUGGAGAUCACACUGAAGACCCUGAGAAGGAAGAACCAGAAUGAUCUGUCUAAGUUAGAGAGAGAAGUGAAACAGUAGGGGAAAAUGAGUCUGUUCUUUAAAAGUUCAGUUCCUUGUUUAUACGUUGACUGUCAUCAUCUUUCCUUCACACAACUAGAACCACAACUUGUUGACAAACUGAGAACCAUUCUUGAUACCGUAGCCCUUGAAAUGAUGUAGACAGUUAAAUAAUGAUAAUUUCUCGACAAAACAAUAAUCCUAAUGUAGGUUUAUUUUUUUAAUGGGCUAAUUAUUCCUCAACCUGCUCACUUGAUCCCAUCCCCACAUGGUUUCUGAUAGUUUAACAAACAAAGUCUUAAAAAUUAUAUAUUGCUCAUUAUUUUAUCACCUUUACCUGGUUGCAAUCUGGUUAGUUGACAUUCAUGGGGGUUAGGAUUUCAGCAAGGCCAUUUUCUUGCCUGACAUUCCAUUCUAAUUUCCUUAAUUUUGUGGAUAGAGUAAAAUACUUUCUGUGGCAUUUGAUAGGGAAGCUGAAAGGUAAAAUAUACUGUUAGGCUUUCUACUGCCAAGUUUACACCUUCACUAUUGCACUGAAAUGUUUUGAUCAGGAAGUUGUCUAAAUGGGAUAUAAUUUUUUGUUAGUGAGUGAAGGAAAAGAAGCCAACAAGUGCUCAGCAUAUGUGGGAACUCCUUCAAGACUGUUGGAAAAGCAUUCCUCAUGAAGCUGGUUGAGAGAAUGCCAAGAGUGUGCAAAGCUGUCAUCAAGGCAAAGGGUGGCUACUUUGAAGAAUCUCAAAUAUAAAAGGUAUUUUAUGUUUAACACUUUUUUGUUUACUACCUGAUUCCAUAUGUUUUAUUUCAUAGUUUUGAUGUCUUCACUAUUAUUCUACAAUGUAGAAAAUAGUACAAAUAAAUAAACACUGAAAUGAG